CUCCACGGCGACGUCGGUGCCACGCGCCGGGGGAGGUGCGCAUUGGCUGCCUGGGUCCCCGAGGGACGUAACCGCUCCCUGGGUUCCGGGUGGUUUCUGGGCCCGCCAUGGCCGCGGCCCGCGGGCGCCGGGCUGAGGAGAAGUACUCGGUGCUGCUGCCCACCUACAACGAGCGCGAGAACCUGCCGCUCAUCGUCUGGCUGCUGGUGCGGAGCUUCCAAGAGAGUGGAAACAACUUUGAGAUUAUAGUCAUAGAUGAUGGAAGCCCAGAUGGGACACAAGAAGUCGCUGAACAGCUGGAAAAGAUAUAUGGUUCAGAUAAAAUUCUUCUAAGGCCAAGAGCAAAAAAGUUGGGAUUGGGCACUGCUUAUAUUCAUGGAAUGCAACAUGCCACAGGGAAUUUCAUUAUUAUCAUGGAUGCAGACCUCUCACACCAUCCAAAGUUUAUUCCUGAGUUCAUCAGAAAGCAAAAAGAAGGUAACUUUGAUAUUGUGUCUGGAACUCGGUAUAAAGGAAAUGGAGGUGUAUACGGCUGGGAUUUGAAGAGAAAAAUAAUCAGUCGCGGUGCCAAUUUUGUAACUCAGGUUUUGUUGAGACCAGGUGCAUCAGACUUAACAGGAAGUUUCAGGUUAUACAGAAAGGAGGUCUUGCAGAAACUAAUGGAAAAAUGUGUUUCUAAAGGAUAUGUCUUCCAGAUGGAGAUGAUUGUUCGAGCUAGACAGUUAGGAUAUACUGUUGGAGAGGUUCCUAUCUCAUUUGUGGACCGUGUCUAUGGAGAAUCUAAACUGGGAGGCAAUGAAAUAGUGUCUUUCUUAAAAGGACUGUUCACUUUAUUUGCGACUACAUGAUAAGAAUUAACUUAGGGGGCAAGCUCUUAUUUAAAAUGUCGCAUUCUCCUGAGUGAAAUUAUAUACAGUUGUAGAAGCUUGCUGAUUUGCCUAGUAACCAGGAAAUUAAUUGCGUAUUUGUGGUCAAGUGAACUAACAUUAAUAAAGCAGAUAUGCUGUAUUAUAGGAUAUUCUUUUCAAAUUAAAUGAAUGAGUAUAUUUAAGAACAAUGUAUAAUAAUGAAACUGACACAGUACUACUUUUUCUAUGAAUAAUAAAGUGUUAAUAAAUUAGACCACACCUGUUUAGGUUCUGUGCUAUUCAUUUUUGUUGAAAUGUGUAAACUAUAAAGUGUACAGAUUAGCAUCUUUCUGUGUACAGCAGAAUCUUUCAGUUUAUUUUGGCAAAAUAUUUUGUUUUUAUGCUAGACUAAUACUGAAGUCAAACAUGCUGUAUUAAUACACAAUUUGAUCUUUUGAAUAAAGCUUAAUUGCAUGCUUAUUAGAAAUUAAUCUUAUUCAUGUCGAAAUUUCCAGAUGGCUUUAAAAAAGAGGAAAAUAAGGACAGAAAAAAAUAGGAUUUCUCUUAUCUUUGCCUUGUGGUUUGUAGACCGUUGUACCAAUAGCAGUCUCUCUCCCCAACAAAAGUCUGUAUAAACAUUUCAGAGACUAUUUCUAAAAACCUUACAGAGGUCCUGAGGAAAAGUAAGACAGUAUAAAAUGAUACAACAUUAGGUUGUUUAGGACUUUCCUAAUACAAAUGCUUACAGGUGUCUAUUGGUGUUUGGGGUUUUGUUUUUUGGUAAACUUGUUAUUAGACAUGAGGGAUGGGGGGAAAAACCCAAACUAGUAGUCCACAUUUCUGUAUCUCCAUAUUUCUGUUUUAAAGCAUCUCCUGUUUCUAUCUAAUCAAUCUUACUAUUUAAUCUUUUAUUUUAAAAAGAGAAACCCAUACAACACAAACCCAUGGCAACAUAGAACCAAGUUCAUGUCUCACUAAUCAAUAGACUUCUGUUUACUUCAUUGGGGAAAGGCUCUAACCCACAGUUAUCAAUACAAAAGCUGUAUUUGUUCUAGAAGCUGUUGAAUUAAGUAUAGACAGUAUAGUUCCAUAUUAUCUGUGUUUCGCUGAUGACCUACAGGUGGUAGACUACACUCCACAAUAGGUUUGAGACUGUCAACUCUAGUGGAGGAGGAAAGCCAGAGGAUGCUGCUGUUCUAAGAAUGUUAAAUAUUGAGACAACUGUCAGUCUCUGAAAAGAAUUGGCUAUAAACAAUAAUUAUCAAAUUAUAUGUAAAAAUACUUAAUUAUAAUAGAGUAUAUAACUGGUACCAAUAAAAAUACAUUCAUUAGAAAAAUUAGGGAGGGGGCCAAAGCAAACAAGGAAUGAAAUAACGCUUUAUUUUAUUUGUUGCUGCCUUUUACUUUGGCAUAUAUAAACAUUUGAUCUAGGGGUAUAGCUUAAAAAAAAUACACCAGAAGGCAAUGCUAAUUAUACUGGAGUAGAGCUCUCUAUACUUGAGAUUUACAAUAUAAACAAUUUCAAAGCAGCAUUUUAUCACUGGGAAGUCUGUUGUAUUUAUUUCAACAUUUGACUGAGUUUAAAAGUGUUCAGAAGAAAUAAUAUUAAUCAGUUUUUAAUUAAACUUUAAUAUAACUGCUGUUAGAUGUGACUUGGCUUGUCUUGUCUCUACAACACAAUUCUAAUAAAUUGUCUAUAUUUGUAUUCUUUCA